CACGAGGUAGCCACACGCCCGUCUCUUCACACCAUCUGAAAUCCCCAAAAUGCCCCUCGCCACCACUACUUAGUAUCUACCUUCCCUGAGCUUCAUGCAACUCCAUUUCCUCUGUUUCUCAACCCCCACACUAUAUGGCUCUUACUUCUCCAAAAUUUACACCAUUUUCAGUGUUUUCUUCUCUCUUAGAACCGACUCAUUCUUCUUCUUCCUUGACGUUUGAUUUCUCUUGUUUGAAAUGGGGAAGCAGAGAUGUGAGGGUGAUGGCGUCAAGGAAGGCUCUGACUGGAGUGAUAUUCCAACCAUUUGAGGAAGUGAAGAAGAAAUCAUUUGCUGUUCCAACAGCAUCUCAAGUUUCACUUGCUCGUCACAAAUAUGCUCAUGAGUGUGAAUCUGUUAUUAAUGAGCAGAUCAAUGUGGAGUACGUUGCUUCGUAUGUGUAUCAUUCCAUGUUUGCAUACUUCGACAGAGACAAUGUGUCUCUCAAGGGACUUGCCAAGUACUUCAGGGAAUCUAGUGAAGAAGAAAGAGGACAUGCUGAAAAGCUUAUGAAAUACCAGAACGUUCGUGGAGGAAGAGUCGUUCUUCACUCCAUCAAGGAUGUUCCUUCAGAAUUUGAUGAUGAGGAAAAGGGGGAUGCAUUACAUGCUAUGGAAUUAGCUUUGUCUCUAGAGAAGUUAGUAAACGAGAAACUUCUGAAUGUGUACAGUGUGGCAGACCGCAACAAUGAUCCUGAGAUGGCAAACUUCAUCCAAAACGAGUUUUUGAGUGAACAGGUGGAAGAUAUUAAGAAGAAAGCAGAGUAUGUGUCACAAUUGAGAAGGGUUGGAAAGGGUCACGGUGUUUGGCACUUUGAUCAAAGGCUUCUUCAUGACUGAUAAAAUACUGAACUUGCAUGUGUGUGUUGUCUAUUAAUUAUUAUUAUUGUAAAAUGUAAUGUGUUUGUUUUUAGCCUUUUUUUUUAAUCU